AUGUGGGCGGGGCUAUUCGGUGAGCACGGCGCAUUCAACCAGAUGAUAGGUGAUUUCGUCGGCCUGUUCAAUAACCUGACAGGUGCUGAGAUUGAGUAUCUAGGAAUGGCGUCACCGAUUGUCGCGCUCAACGCCGCUAUCGCCGCUCACGUCUGGCGGAGUGUGCCGUUCGCAUGUAUUAUCUUUUUAGCCGCGUUGCAGGCAAUUCCUAGCGAGCAAUAUCGUGCGGCGCAAGUGGAUGGCGCGAGUGCAUGGCGCCGCUUUCAAUACAUCACGCUCCCAUGGCUACUGCACCCGAUUAUGAUUGUCGCUAUCAUUGAGACGAUGAACGCUUUCCGCGGCGGCUUCGACAUCAUCUACGCACUGACCGCAGGUGGCCCUGGCGACGCUACCUACGUCAUCGCGUGGCAGACUUACAAGGAAGCCUUCGGACGCCUCGACUUCGGCAGGUCAAAUGCCUACUCUUAUCUGAUUACGCUCAUCACGAUGGGAUUGGCGGUUGUUUAUAUUCGAGUGUUGUAUCGCCGGGGGACUGUACAGGGAUAA